AUGCGUUCACCUUAUGCAAACGUGCUCCGACCCUCUCCGCGACCGAGUCCAUCCAGUCGGAGACCGUCAACAAUUGCAGAGCUCUCAGAACGUGCUCUUUCCAACCUCUGGGAUCCUUCGAAAGGUCUCAAGCAAUGGCUGAAGAAAGCAGAUGGCUUCCGGAAGGCUGGCAGAGCUUAUGCCGAGGCUGGUGAACUUGAGGAAGCCUUCAUGGAAUAUGCGAAAUCUGCGACGAUAAUUCUUGAGAAACUUCCGAUGCACAAGGAGUACUAUACUCUGCUGUCACCAACGCAGCGCCACAAUCUUGGUCUUAACGGUCAUCAAAUUCUUGUUGAUCUUGGUGAAAUCAAACCGAUCAUCGUCGACCGUUAUGAACGAUGGAGACUACAAAAUAUCGAAUCUAGCAGGCCAUCGUCAUCCAGCGAUUACGCAGAGGGGAGCAGGCACACGGAGUACAGACGACACGACGAUGGCCGACGCUCUCCCCAUGACGAUUCUGGAUGGCUGGCACAAGAAGCAGCUCGCAAAGAUGCUGACCGAAAACGUGAGGAACAGCGAAGAGGAGAUGAGGCGCGUUAUUCUAUGCGAUCAGUCGAGACACAGCCACCGCGUCUACAGAUUGACACUGGGAGCAGGAAAAAGGAAGAUGCCUUGACGGCUGCUAGGCGGGCCGCGAAUGCGCAGCUGCGCGAUUCGACGUACUACCAGCACGAAGGCACCCCUUCUGAGCCUGGUACCCCACUGAGCCCGGAAGAAAGACGGGGAGAGCGUGACCAAAGAGACGAGCAAGAUGAAGUUAGACGAAGACGCAGGCGGGAACAGGAGGGUAUUCUGAAACGCCAGGAAGAAGCAGAGUUUGCUGCACGGGAGGCUCGCCGUAGUCUUGUUCCUUCUCCCAUGCCUGCGGCGUCCGCAGCCGGCUCGCAGCGUUCAUCUUUCGUUGAUCCGCAGCUUUAUGAAGACGCUGCUCCUCUUCUUAUGCCUAUCGAAAGCCCAACAAGGAACCACGCCGCGACUCCAACGAGUUUGAAGCCCCCCUCUUAUCCUCCACCAGUAACUACGACAUCUCCUGCUCCACCGGACGGACAUAUUCAAUACCCAGAACUCAUGUCGCAACACCAGCUCAAGCAAGGCUAUGCACCUUCUCUGCAAUCAAUGUUUAAUUACCCUACUCUCAAGCCCACCAAUCUUGGACGGUCCUCGCUUCUUUUCGUACCAGAAUCUUCUCAAUCGUCUACUAACCCGCUCCCUAAUCCAUCUGUGGUUGUCCUGCCAAGCCAGCCCGCGCCAUACCCAUACUCUCAGACUACGACACGGUCGCCUUCUGGGGCAUACAUUGAUUCUAUAACACCAUAUUCUUCCCUUUCACGAGCUCCUCAGGCUACGCCUCCGCCUCCACCCCCUCCCCUGCAUCACAUCGAUGGUGACCGCUACCGGACUGCUUCCCAAGAAUCCGCGCGGAUUACCCGUAAAGCCAGCGAUCCCGUCCGAGUACCCGAUCUGAAAACUGUGAGCUUGCCACGAGAAUGCCUUCCGCGGUUCUUGUCUAUCGCAUCGCUGAAUACGGUCCGAAAUCGCGAAACUUGUGGGCUGUUGCUUGGAAAAGAUAGAGGAAAUAAAUUUACUGUCACAACACUCCUGAUUCCCAGGCAGCAUUCAACAAGUGAUACCUGUACCAUGGAUGAGGAAGAGCUCGUCUUGCAAUUCACGGAAGAACGAUCUUUGAUUACAUUGGGAUGGAUUCACACACAUCCUUCACAAUCCUGCUUUAUGUCAUCGGUUGAUCUGCAUACACAUUCUGGUUUUCAGCGCAUGCUCCCGGAAUCUUUUGCCGUUGUUUGCGCCCCGAAGUUCACUCCCAACUUUGGAAUUUUCCGCCUCACCGACCCUCCGGGCUUGCAAACUAUUUUGGACUGCAAUGUUAAGGAAGCCUUCCACCCUCACCCAGAGGUGCCGAUAUACACUGACGCAGACAAGGGUCAUGUGCAAAUGAAAGACAUCCCGCUAGAGAUCGUGGAUCUGCGAUGAUGCACGACUCGAUUUUUCCCUGACCUCUAUCUAUUUGCAGACG